AUGCAGUCACCACGGCAACAGCAGCGUAGCAAGAGCCUGUGGGAGGUGCUUGGCAUCAAUUCGGUGGAUACCACUGAGCAGCAGCUCGUCGCACGGCGGGUUGUAGUGGUAGGUGAUGCGCUCAGUGGAAAGCGCACAUUUACUAGUCGCCUCUUUACUGCCGCAACGCAACAGUUUCCAACAUCCUCCACGCCAUCAUCAUCAUUGCAUCCCGCCAACAGUACCACCGGUGGCUCUACCUUUUCUCCACGGGCGUGGAGGGAGGGCUCCGAGGUGGGCAGUGGCAUUGCAACGGCUGCACCAGGAACAACAGCGGCAGCAGCUGACAGCUCCAUCUCACUGCGGUCGCCAACGACACACACCACACCAAACCUCGCGCACUUUCCGCAUGGCGCUGGCAUCGCCCAUGCUUUUGUCCAGCAGCGCAUCCCGGCGAACCGCAGCACACUUGCCAUCUUCACGGACGACGUCAUGAGCAGCAGUGGCAUGUACGGCGGAGCCGGUCCCGGUGUUCUUGGGGGUGGCGUGCGCCGUGUAAUGACGGAGUUCUUUUGCUGCGAUGCCCCUGGUGCAUUAGCUAUGGCGCUCCCAACGGUGGAGGCGUUGGAAACGAGUGUGGUACUUGUCCUUGUUGACGCCAGCACGCCGUGGCGACUGCAGAGUCAGCUGCGGCGGUGGUAUGGCUACUUGAACGCCCAUGUCGCACAGAUGCUGCAGGUGGAGCUGCCGAAGCAGGACGAGGUUCGCCGCAUGCAUAUGAUUGAGCAGCAGCAGCGUUUCUGGCACGCGCAGCAGCAGGCGCUGGGCGCCGAGCGGCGACGAUGGAGCCAGCGUGAGGGGCCGUGCGAAGAGAGGGGCAGCAACGUCGGUAGUGAAGGCACGUCACUGCCAAUGUUGCAGAUGCCGAAAGACGGCAUCUCGCCACUCCGCACCAUUCUUGUGUGCAGCAAAACGGAUCAGCUAGAGAAGCUCUCGCGGGAGGUGGAGAAGUCGUGCCGUGGGGGCUCCUUGGCAGAUGCCAGUGGCAGCAGCAACGCAAGGGAGUCGAUGAGUACAGCCACCACAGCCGCAGGAGCGGCGGCAGCGGCACCUUGGGUCUCGAGUGGUGUACGCUCGACGUUACGCACGACGGGCCUCUCCUUGCUUCAGCUCGUGGGACAGCUGCUGCGGAAGGAGGCAAUUGAGCACCAGAGCGGCCUUGUAGGCGUCGGAAGCCGCGUGAAUACCACCGCCACAUCGUCGAUGUCGCCACCCCCACAGACCACAUCUGCACAAAACUUCAGUAUUAGCAGUGUGUCUGCUAGUGUUUCUGCGAGGCUGCAUGAUGAGUCUGCCACGGUAUCGCCACAGCGGAGCCACAACACCUUUGUCCACCCUUUCUACAAGGGUUUGUGGUCGUAUAUUUUCCAGCUGCUCUACGAGCUGCCUGUGGCACACUGUAGCAUGGCUGCGCCCGAUGUCCCUGUUGCGUAUGGCCCCGAUGACAAUGAUGGCAACGGGUCGGUGGUUGGCACCAGUGUUGAGAGCUCUGUGCUAAGGGAGCGCGCGCCGCCGUGGGUGCCGCUCUCGGAGGAAAUUGAGAUGCAGCUGUCGUCGCGCUUCCACCCACACGCCUUUCUGCCGCACGGCGUGGACCACUUGGAGCUGCUUAGCCCCUUCGUCACCUCCACAGACGCCUUUACGCUCGAGAGUGUGUUCGCCGGUGGGGUGGAGGAUACAGAAGAGGGUGAGGGUGGCGUUCUGUGUCUUCACGACAAGUACAUGCAGCAGAUAGAGGGUGUGCUGGCCACUGUGGGGCCUGACGAUGAUGCGAUGAUCUGGGACAAACUGUAG